AGAAAAUUGAGAACAGAGUGAGUUGGAGAACCAACUACUGUCGGCACUGAACGAAGCAGGACCAUUCGGUCUUGAGCCAACUCCAUUAAUGCUCGCUUGCUCUCUCUCUCUCUCUCUCUCUCUCUCUCUCUAUCUUUCUAGACUCAGGAGUCGAGAGUCAAGACUCAAGAGAACAGAAGGGUCUCGAGUCACAACUCACAACCUCUCUCUCUCUCUCUCUCUCUCUCUAAUUCUAACCAUGGUUUGCUAUAAAGUGCAUUGACUGUGAAGUGUGAACACUUCUCCGCUCUCUCUUCUCUCUCUCCAUCAGAAAUUCUGAGGAGAGAAAAAGGAAAAGAAAAAGAGUGACAGAAGAUCCAAAGAGGAAAAGGGAGAGGAGGGGAGGACAGAGUGAAGCCAAAAGAGAAAAUUUGAAUACUUUCCUCUCUUUUUGCUAAACGACGCCUACAUUGAAGAAGUGUUGCAUGCCAGAAGAUCGUUGAGUGUUUCUAUGACCUGAUAAAUUUGAUUUGAGUCAGUUUUUAUUUAUGGGGAUUGGCCAAGAAUAGUUCUAGCAUUCGCAGAAGGAAUUAAGCUUGGAGUAGACAAGAGAGAUGUAAAGAUGGUUGAAGGUUACUUGUGAGAUUGGUGCAGAAGUUUGAGAUUAGAGGUAGGUAGAUCGAGGAAGGUAAGAGUAUUUGGGCUUAUGCAGUUCCAAUUGAAGAAAAUUAGGGCUAGCGAGCUGCAUUGCAGUCUGUUUAUUCGGAUCGAGGAAUGUUGUAGUGGAGUCGUGCAAGAUCUAAAGGUUAAGUCUAUUUUGCUUUUAUGAGAAUGGUGAGGUUCAAGUACGAGUUAUCGAAGAGGGAGCUUAUCAGGUAGUGUUGAGUGGAAAAUGGUAUGGGAGGCUUUGGAGCUGAUUGACGGAUUGACGGAUUCUGAAACAGUUGUAGAGAGAGCACAGUGAAUUGAAUCUGAAGUUUGGCAUUUUGUUUUGACCCCUACUAAUCGGAAUUAUGGAAUCUCGUAUGGAUCAAUAUGAGAUCAUGGAGCAGAUUGGACGUGGAGCUUUUGGAGCGGCCAUUCUGGUUAAUCACAAAUUGGAGAGGAAGAAGUAUGUAUUGAAGAAGAUCCGGCUGGCACGACAGACAGAUCGCUGCAGGAGAUCCGCUCAUCAAGAGAUGGCUCUCAUUGCGCGAAUCCAACACCCUUACAUUGUUGAAUUUAAGGAAGCAUGGGUUGAAAAGGGUUGCUAUGUUUGCAUUGUCACUGGAUACUGUGAAGGCGGAGACAUGGCGGAGUUGAUGAAAAGAGCAAAUGGGGCAUUCUUUCCAGAGGAGAAACUCUGCAAAUGGUUCACUCAACUACUUUUGGCUGUUGAAUAUCUGCAUUCAAACUUUGUUCUACAUCGAGAUCUAAAGUGUUCUAAUAUAUUUCUCACUAAGGAACAUGAUGUUCGCCUAGGGGAUUUUGGACUUGCUAAAACACUAAAAGCAGAUGAUUUGGCUUCUUCUGUAGUUGGAACUCCUAAUUACAUGUGUCCAGAACUUCUUGCUGAUAUUCCCUAUGGCUUCAAAUCUGAUAUCUGGUCUUUAGGAUGUUGUAUGUAUGAGAUGGCUGCUCAUCGCCCAGCAUUUAAAGCUUUUGAUAUGGCAGGACUAAUAAGUAAGAUAAACCGUUCCUCCAUUGGCCCUUUGCCUUCAUGUUACUCCUCUUCCUUGAAGACACUUAUCAAGAGCAUGCUGAGAAAGAACCCAGAGCAUCGACCAAAUGCAUCUGAGAUACUAAGACACCCUUAUUUGCAACCAUAUGUUGAUCAAUACCGUGUAUCUUCCAGUCCCCCUACAGUCUGCCCUCCAGAAAAACCAAUCUCCACUGCACGUCAUUCUCAGAAGAACAUGGCUCGAAGCCAAAACAGUAAUAGUUCUAGCAGUGAUAAAGAUAGCUUGAUUUCAAGUGAGAAAAACAACUCAGCAUUGGUGUUCAACUGUGAUCACAAAGCCAUUGACAUGGAUAUGGCUUCAACUGAUGAUGGAGCAGACAGUGAGAAGACCUUUACAAGCAAUGAACAUGGAACUCACAGAUUCUCUAUCAAAAUAGAUGAACAAGAAGUGGUGAAACCAUUUCGUGAUGAACAACCCAAAGUUGAAUCAAAGCAGCCCAAAAUCAUUAAGAACAUAUUGAUGUCUUUGAAAGAAGAGGGGAAAGCCCGAGAAAAUAGCUCACCAAUGAGAGGCAACCGUGCAAAGGCUGGAGGUAUAUCCAACCAAAAAGCUAAUAUAGAAGCAUCACCCAAAGUCCCUAAACCCAGUGCAGUUCCUCCUGGUUCAAAGUUGAAUGCAGAGGCACCCAGUGUUCCAGCAAAGGCAAAUUGUGAUUCUGUGAAACGUGUCCAGGGAUCACAUCCUUUGAAGCACCAGUUACCUGUAUUUGAUUCCUCACCAAAGAUUAAAGCCAAGUGUGACGGGAUUUUACCUCCCGGUCUUGUCAAACAAGCUGUAGAUGAUGGAUUUCCUUCCAAGACAAGGCAACGUCCUCCUAUCCUGGCCAGACGAUCAUCACAUUCAGGGCCUCUGAGGCCUUCAAUCCCUUUCAACAGUGACAUGAGACCAGGCCCAAGUGAGAUUACCCAAGAGCCUGAAAGGACUUCUGGUGUGCCAUCAAAUGUCUUAAAACCUGACCAAGCACCAAUUGUUGAGGACUCUGGAAUGACUCCAGUGGUAGAUUCCAAAGGACUGCAGGUGGACGAAACCAAUUCCAAAGGACUGCAGGGAGGUAGCACCAAUUCUAAAGGACUACAGACGGACAACACCAAUUCCAAAGGCCUACAAACAGAUGGUACCAAUUCUAAGGGACUACAAACAGAUGAGACCAAUUUGGUAUCAUCGAAGUCAACUCAAUUUCUUGAGUUAUAUGAAGAGCUAGUAGCCCCUAUACCACACUAUUCUGGACAAAACAACUCUUAUUCAUCAAAUACGAUACUCCAUGAGAAACUCACACAAACUGAAAGUUCAGAAUCUCAUCCAGCUAGUUGCUUAGUUGCUUCAUGUCUACAUUCUGCCAGUUCAGAAAAUCUUACAGUAGAAAGUAAAGGGCAUAAUUAUAGGCCUGUAUCAUUAUUCUCAAUGAAGAUACCUGAGGAGAAUCUGGAUCUUCAGAAGAGUACUGCCAGUAAUGAUGAAGUUAGUUCCACAGCUAGUCUACAACCCUCCUUCCCAGGGUCUGAGGAGUAUGUCUGCAAGGAUGAUAUCUCCAUAAGUAGGCCUUGCAAUAGAGGUGAUACAACUCAACAGUCACAACUUAUUUCCACACCUAGUGGUGAUGACAAAUUCACUGUGAGAGAACUCCUUUCAUCAAUAACAGAGAUUGCACCAAUUUCAGCAACUCAAAAGAACGUGAAUCCUGAGAAUAUUCCAACAAUGCCAAAUCCAACAAUUGAUAAACCAAAUGCAGUGCAGGCCCAUUUAAAACCAGCCUUUGAUGAUGUCAUCCAUGUCAUACGACACAGCAGUUUCCGGGUGGGGAGCAAGCAGCCUGUGAUGGAAACUGUGGAGAGAGGGGUUCAAAAUAUGGAUGUAGGGAAGCUGCUAAAUGUAGUAAGAGAGGAGGUGGAGAUUAGAAACACAACACCACCAUUGACUCUGAAAUCAUCAGGUUGCUUGGAAGCAGCGACUCUAAAAUCAAACAUUUCCAGUAGUCCUGGCAACACAGAAAUGGAUAUAAGGAGCCCUUCCUUACCGGUUCCAAAACCUGAUUUGUCUGAACCAACAAAUUCCUCUGUUGAUGCUACUGUUGUUGGUGUAAAGGGAGAGGAAACCCCAGAAAAGGAAACAUUGGAUGUAAAGUCAUUCAGGCAAAGGGCCGAGGCACUUGAAGGGCUGCUAGAACUGUCUGCAGAGUUGUUGCAGCAAAAUAGGUUGGAAGAACUUGCAGUUGUUUUAAAGCCUUUUGGAAAGGAUAAAGUCUCUCCACGGGAGACAGCAAUUUGGUUGGCAAAGAGUCUCAAAGGAAUGAUGAUAGAGGAUUCUGGACGCCUUACAUGAUAUAUCACAUCCUGCGUAAGUUCUUUCAUUUUCUAAUCAGUUCUUUCUUAUCCCAUGUGCUACCUUUUAGCACUUACCUAUUCAAAUUCCAUUUGAAUUUUAAGCAGAACAAAACAGGUCAAAUCCUUUUUGCCUGCGCCCUCUCACUUCUUUUUUCUUGUAUUCUUUUAAUGGCAGAAUCCCUUGAUGUACAUAGUGAGUAUAGCUAAUGAAAUAAAUCUGAAAUUUUGACCAA